AUGGAAAUAAAACUGAACGUAAUAUUCAACGAAGUUUUAUUAAUGAGGACGGACGAACAUGGCAUAGAAAAUCACGACAAAGUGUUUGUCGAUAAGCGGCAAAAUGUCCUAUGCGUGCAAUGCAUGAACAAAAUAUUUUUCAACAAAUCUCCCUUAUAUAAAAAAUAUGCGCUUUUUAAAAGUGUGAAUGAAAUAUACUCCAUAAAGAAUUGUCAGGACUUUCGGUACCACUUUUCUUUCUUCCUUCUAGAUCACACUUUGUUUUUGUCAAAUACGUUUAGCUAUUUGGAGGGUACGUCGGAAAGAAGUGUCGAUCACUAUGGCAGCAAUAGUGAGAAUGGUUACAACUGCGAUGAUUGGCAACUGCGUAGAAAUUUCUACAGGGUGGAAAAAAGCAACGGAGGAAAGAAGUUAAACGCAGAAGGUGCUGGAAAUAAAAACUGUUAUGCCCAUGCGGCCAACAAUGAACUAAUCACAUUGGCCACCAAUGCAUGCAAAGAAUUUCUAAGCACCUGCUCUGAAGAUCUUUGUAACAUUUUUAAGGAUGCAAUUUAUACUUGUGUACUUGUCAGGUUAAAAAAAUUCUCUACCAAUGAAAAAAAGUAUUUUUAUAUUUUUAAAUUAUUAAAAAAAUUAAUGGAUGAUGUGGCAAUUAUACACAUUACAUUGAAGAACGAAUCGGCAGUCAUUGAAGAAUUUAUAAAGUUGUUCGUGCAGAAUUAUUCUAUACCUGAUGAUUUGAAAAACAAGAAAAAGGGGCAGGAUUGCUCUUCUUCCUUGGGCGCCCCAAGCAUUUGCCCAAAUAGCGGGAGCAGCAGCGAUAGUGGCGCCGCGAAUGGAGAUGACACACGUGGGGAUUGCCGCAGUGGCAGCCGCCGCGACAGCAACGGUAACCGCGGGCACAACGAGGCGCUUCUGCUCACACUGCAAAUUAUUUAUAAAUUAUGGGGUGACAAUUCACUAUGGCAAAUUAACAAAGAAUUGCUAAAAAACUUUUUCUCGAAUCUUAUUAAACAUUUUAAGUGCACCAACAAAAACACACACUUGUGUAAUUACUACAUAGAGUUCAUUUAUAUAAUUACGAAAAAUUAUAAUGAUAUAAGUUAUUUUUUUAAUACAAUAAUUUUUGGCACCCCAAAUAAGUUUAUAUCAAAAGCCAAGAAAAAUCGCGAACUUUCGCUUGUCCCCCGCGCAAGUUGCAACACCUCCUGUUCGAACACCCACGGUAGGUGCGGUAGCCGAGAUCGCAGCCAACAUCACACACAACAUCGCAGCGGCAGCGUCAACGGCAGCAACUGGGGCAGCCAAAGCAAUACCCUUCGUGACCACCUCUGUUCAAACCAACUGUACGGGAAAAAUGACGGCCAUUUUGAGCCUUUCCAAACUGACACACCUGAGCAAUUUUGUAAACGUAGCCAGAAUCCUCCGAAUGAAAAUGAUCUUGAGGAGAGUCAAAACGGAACUGAACAAAGUCAUCAGGAGGGUGGGAAUAUUUUCCAACGCAAAGGCAGUGAAAAAAAAUAUAACAAAAAAUACGUCAAAGAAGCCCAGGCCGAAUUCGAAAAUGUGAAUCCAACACGUGUGCAAGGGGGGAAAUCCCGGUUGAAGACUUCUUGCGGAGGUAGAGGGAACAACACAAGUGCAGAUGUGUGUGGUCAAGCAGAUCAGCACAUCUCAACGAGCAGUCCCUACAACAGUGACUCAUUUUAUCAUGCUACACCAUCCGAAGAAGAAAAUUUCAAUGCAUUGUGUGUGCAAGAAAAGGAAGAAAAUAAAUCGGGUUUCAAAUCGUCGCAGAGUAUUAACACAUUAGUCAGAUGCACAGAGUAUGGGCAAGAACUCACUGACAUCAAUCAUUAUGGGGAGGGCACCAAUUGCAAACAUAGUGCUACCUACUAUUGCGACUCUUUUGAAAGAGAACGUAGUGUGGAUCAAGACCGAGUAUCGGAUGAAACAGCGGAGAGGAAAAGUGAAAAGCAGCUGUCCAAGCUGCGUUACUACCAUGGUAUGAAUUCCGGCACACACAGCAGUAGCAGCGUCCCCGUGCUGAAUUACUGUGAUAGUGGCAGCACGACCGGUGAGGGUUUAGCAUGGGUUGAAGAGGGAGAAGGGUUGAAAAUGCUGGAUCAAUUGGAGCAGUUUGAUGAGCUUCCGCAUUUUGAAGUGGGUGAAAGGAUACAACUAAUGCAACAGUUUCAGGAGGGGGACCUGGGCCGAGAGGGUAGCGCAGAAGGGUACCCCCGCAUAUAUCGAGGAGGAAAAGAAGAACACGAACAAAUAAAGCAUUCCGGGGGGAGAAGCAGCGCAAGUAUGUUCUCUAAAACGUCCAACACCGAUUCGGAUACGGACAACGAUAUAGACACCCUGUGCGCGGAAGACAGGUACGAAGCAGAUUGUGAAAAGUGCAGCAACAACACCCCCUGGAAGAUACCAAACAAGAGAGAAAACAUUCAACAUUUCAUCACUCUGUGUAAUAACCUACAAGAAACGCUACUAAAUAAUUUUUGCAAAGAUACUCAAAUGAAGUGCUUAGAAAUAUUUUACAAAUUCUGCAGCAUACACAAAGCCAUUGUGAAUAUAAUUUUGUCCAACACGUCACUGAUAGAAUGGGUCUUCGAUUUUCUCUCAAACACAAAAUAUGAAUGCUUAAGAGAAAAGACGUUGAAAUUUUUAGUUACCUUUUUUAUUCACAAUUCUCUUUUUGCUCAUACCCAUGCACAUUAUAUGAUUGAUGUCCUAAUUGACAUAAUUUUGAAAUACGUAAAUAAAAAGUACAGUGUGUACAACCAGAUUAGUGAUGACUAUUCGAACUUCUUUAACUUUUUAAAGGCCCUUAAUAUGCUCAUCGAUGGGUCCUACUCUUCCCUAACCAUAUUUCACGUCUUCAAAAUUGUUAAUAUAAUUCCAUUCUUAGUGGUAGUAUCAGCCCCUGAUACUGUUCCUACGAGCGUUCAACAAAUCGUCGCUUUUUUUGAAGAUUUUAUAUUUGGAAAGGACGAAGGGAUCUACAAAGAGAGCUUAAAAGUGAAACAAUACGAGGUGGAUAAAAGGGGUAACAAUCAAAUGCUUUCUCUGACAAAAAAGGAAGCGUUGUCCACGUUGUGUACGAAGGAACAACCUUACGCGCUGGAUGAUAUGUUGGCGCCUAAACAGAAAUGCAACAAUGGGGACGGCUUCGCAAAUGAAGUGGAAACCCGGUACUCCCUCCUCGGCUAUACCCACAUUAGGAACAGAAAUAAGGAGAACCCCAUUUGGGGAAACAACCUAAAGGGAGAAAAACCAGGUGAUGUUGCUUCCCCCUGUGAGGACAGAAGGAACCAAAAGGAAGAGUCAAACAAUCAAAUGAACAAAGUUUACAUAACCAAUAUUGCAGCCCUAUUUAGAGUCCUGAAAACAGCUUUAAAAAUAAUGAAGAUGGUAAACACCAACAAGGCAGAUGUUUACGUAGAACUCAUUUUUAACGAGCAAAAUGAUUACCUAUACAAUGUUUCUGUAGCCGUGAUGAAACUGCUCUUCUCCUUAAUAUAUAUCCUAAACAAAAAUGAAAAAUUUUUAAACAACCUAAAAAUAAUUGACGAGCAGGAAGACGCAGACAAUGGGAGUGACUUACAAGUGUUAACUUUCGUAAAAUUAACACUCUACUUAUUUAUCGAUUUACACACUUUUUUUAAAAAGACCUUCCAGGAAAGCAAUCACCCCUUAGAUAAGGAUAUCAUUUACUUUAUUAAAUUUUUAUACCUUUCUUGUAUUUUUAUCUUUGAAAAUAUAUGUAUAAAAAAAAAACUCUUUCGGAAUGUAAGCACCAAUUUGUUUUUCUCGUCCUUUUUCACCCCCUUCUUUCACUUAUUAUCUGGUGUUUUAAACCACGUGGAGAAAAUUUCACCCUCCCAUAUAAGACAAUCACUCAGUGCAACGAAACGUCAAGAAGUAGCGCUGUCACGACACAACGAUAAAUGCGUUGCGAAUAAUGUGGAGGAGUCUGGUUCACUAAACUUUGAAAUGUACAAAAGGAAAAUGAGGAAGGUCUUGAUGAAGAGUAAACCCUUCACCCUCUUUUUUCAAUACGUCUCCGGCAAGAAUUAUGACCCCGAGUGUUACAGAAUCCUGGAGAUGCUGUUGCACGAAGAAGACGGGACGCCAAAGGAAUGGGAAAACAUGGAGGAUAUUUUGAUCGAAAUAAUAGGCAAGCACGACUUUUAUUUCACCAAAGUUCUACUCUUUAACUUUAACGACAACGGGGGCAUCAUCGAAACGGUUAUUUACAUUUUGUACCUCUGUGUGACGUAUGAUAGGAAAUUCAUUGAGAAAAAGUUAGCCGUCAGCAGGGAGGACAAUUAUGUGGAAAAAAUUUUUUCAUUUAACGAUUACGAGGUUAAUAUUAACCCGCUCUUCCUAUUCAUGUCUUUAUCCUAUUCCUACUAUUUUAUAACCAAGGAAAAAAUAGCAUUCGUUUUUAAGUGCAUCCGAAAGGAGAUGCAUAAAAUUAACUUGUCUGUAUGGCUGGAUAUCAAAAAGAUUAAAAAUAUUUACUUGGCAUUUGAUUGCAUUUUCUCCUUAAAAAUUAGCAACACCACCUACAGCAACUACUUCUCCUUCAUCAUUCACGUAAUCAAAUUGGAGCUCUCCUUGUACACGUCCAGCCAGUCUGGGCUGGUGGAUCCACGAGAUCAGCGAGAUCGGCAACAUCAGCAUGAUCAGCGAUUUUAUUUGUCCAUUUCCAAAAAUGGGGAUUUGGUGCAAAAGAUUUUCGAAAAUGUAGAAAUGAACACCAUCGACAGUAACCUCGCCAUAUAUGUAUACUACUUGAUAAUCAAGUUACGAAAAUAUUCUGUAGAUCAUUACAAAACUAUGAGCUUAUACAAAAUGAUGAACGCAGUCAUCAGGCACAUGCACACAGUUGUAAACACGGAGGACGAAAUUGAAGACAUCUUCUGUUUUUUUUUUAUAUUUUUCGAAAAUUUGGAAGCAUAUGCACAGACGGACAUUUUUAAUAUAAUCACCUUGUUGCAGAAAUUGACUUAUUAUGUGAAAGCUUCCUUAGCCAAUUAUUUUGGAAAAGCAAAGGAAGGCGCAAAUGCAAAUGAACACAGAGAUGAGAUACUUCAUGCUGAUCUCAAAUUUGAAAAGUUCUUCUUCUAUUUUAUUAUAAAUUUAAUUUUAUUCUGUAGGAAAUAUAAACAAAUUCAAAAUAUCAAUGUAUUGUCUUCCUCCAUAGCUCUGAUACAGCUACUACUCUACUGUAUUCAGUGUAGCAAUAACUAUUUUGUGAGUUUAUCUUUCUUCAUAUUAUCUUUGCUCAUUUUGCCUUUGCCCGAAACGCCACAAAAAGGUUCCUUCGUACUUAUGACUGUGUCAACAUCAUUUGAUAAAAGUGCCGACGAGAUAAUCCCCUCUGAUGAUAAAUUAGCUGCACAAACUGAUUUGACUUCUGGCCGAGAAAAAUAUGUCAUUAGACGGAGUUUGUUUUUCCCCGUCGUCAACAGUGAAGACGUGAUGAUCAGAGUUUCUUCCCUCUCGCUCUUGCUAUGUUUGCUUCUAACCAACGAUGUUCUAUUUGUAGAAGAAGAGGCCUUAGGAUUCUUCAUCACCCUUAUUAAUUGCUCCUAUUUAAGCGAGUGGAAUGAAACCAUAAACGAUUUGCUCUUCGCCAUAUUCAACGUCCUCCUACUUUCCUCUACUUUGAAUUUACAAACCAAGUCAUUUUGCUUUAACUUCAUUUAUUCAUUUCGGCCGUUCUUCUUAAGAUUCAUAUUGCGGUUAAAUAGGGAUCAGAAAAUUAUUAUCCACAAGUUGUUUUUUCUCCUCAUAACAGUUAAAAUAAAGCCCUUGUGGUUCGACUUGAAGGUCUACGGCGAAAGGAUUUUGAAGAUCAUUCUGAAUGUUGUGACCAAGAAGGAUCUCGACCUCGCGACGUUUCACUGCAUAUCCUCCCUUGCGUACGAGGUAAUUAGCCAUACGCAACAGUCCUGUUAUACAAACCCAUUUCGCACCUUCGCAUUACUCAUUUUCGCAAAUAAAAACGUCAUAGACAAUUUGGAAGAAUACCUGGAAACGUAUAAAAAGAAUGUUACGGACAACGAUAGGGAUGAUAUUUUCCACACCUCCUCUUUUAGCAAAUUCAAAUGUAAUUUUAAAACAUGUAGUGGAAAAAGGGAACAAAAAGGGGGGACAAAACUAAAAAGUAAACACAUUGAAGAAGACGUCGUUUUGUCUAUUUUAAAUGCGACAAGGUUGUUGUUAUAUCGAUAA